CACCGCCUCUCAUAGAGGCAGGAAGGGGUGGGGGAAGUGAGUAGUUGAUACACCAGUUGACUGCCUGAUAAGCAUAAGUUUAAUUGAGAAGUCAAGUAGUCGACUACUGGCUAACAUUCCUAACUGGAACAAAGCUAGGAGCACUUUGAUGGUUUAUUGUAUUGUGCUGGAAACCUAUGAGGGGGUAGUUCUAAUGGUUAUUUGCAAAAGGCAAUUCCAUUGCCCCAGUUCUUAGCCACUUGACACUUUUUUCCCCCCCAAUAACAAAUGUAAUAAUUCUGGCUGCAAUAAAAUAGCAAAUAAAUGUCUGUGGUUUAUGAACCAGUAACAAAAAUACAAAUGGUUGUACUCAGGAUGGAGGCUAGGGGUAUUAUAUUUCCUUAAUAAAUAAUAAUAGACGUCACAGUUCAGGGCUGUAUUUCCCCUCCAUGGUCAGGCCUGUGCACCCACUCGCAGGCUUCCAGCUCCCUAGCCAUUGCCUUUCUGGGUGGAAACCUGUGUCUCUUUGCCUUCUGACCAGGGUUUUGCCAGACUGUGUGGUUUCCUGCCUAUCCUGUGUUAUCCUCAGCACAGAAAAGCUCCUGAUGGACACCUGCUUACUUCCUCUUCAGAGACGGUUAACACAGAUGGACCAGUCAUCUCCAACCUACAUGCUUGCCAACUUAACCCACUUACACUCUGAACAGCUUUUGCAGGGCUUGAACCUCCUUCGCCAACACCAUGAGCUAUGUGACAUUAUCCUUAGAGUCGGUGAUGUCAAGAUCCAUGCACACAAGGUGGUACUUGCUAGCAUCAGUCCAUAUUUCAAAGCCAUGUUCACUGGAAAUCUUUCAGAGAAGGAGAACUCCGAGGUAGAGUUCCAGUGCAUUGAUGAGGCUGCGCUGCAGGCCAUAGUGGAAUAUGCAUACACAGGGACUGUAUUCAUCUCGCAGGACACUGUAGAGUCACUUCUUCCAGCUGCAAAUCUCCUUCAGAUCAAACUUGUCCUAAAGGAAUGUUGCACGUUUCUCGAAAGCCAGCUAGACCCUGGCAACUGCAUUGGGAUUUCUCGUUUCGCAGAGACGUAUGGCUGCCACGACCUCUACUUGGCUGCUAACAAAUAUAUUUGUCAGAAUUUUGAAGAUGUUUGUCAGACUGAAGAAUUUUUUGAGCUCACACAUGCUGAAUUAGAUGAAAUUGUUUCAAAUGACUGUUUGAAUGUUGUCACAGAAGAGACUGUUUUUUAUGCACUGGAGUCUUGGAUCAAGUACGAUGUGCAGGAGCGACAGAAGUACUUAGCACAGUUGCUUCACUGUGUCCGGUUGCCACUGCUGAGUGUUAAGUUUCUAACUCGGUUGUAUGAAGCAAACCAUCUUAUUCGUGAUGACCAUACUUGUAAACAUCUACUGAAUGAAGCCCUGAAAUACCACUUCAUGCCUGAGCACAGACUUUCCCAUCAAACUGUGUUGAUGACACGACCACGGUGUGCUCCUAAAGUCCUUUGUGCUGUAGGAGGAAAAGCUGGGCUGUUUGCUUGUUUGGAAAGUGUUGAGAUGUAUUUUCCGCAGAAAGACUCCUGGAUAGGUCUGGCACCUCUUAGCAUUCCCCGCUAUGAAUUUGGAAUAUGUGUCCUGGACCAGAAGAUCUAUGUUGUAGGAGGGAUUGCAACGCACAUGUGUCAAGGCAUCAGUUACCGAAAGCAUGAAAAUUCAGUGGAAUGCUGGGAUCCCGAUACAAAUACCUGGACAUCUCUUGAAAGAAUGAAUGAGAGCCGAAGUACUCUUGGAGUAGUGGUUCUGGCAGGGGAACUGUAUGCCUUAGGUGGCUAUGAUGGGCAAUCGUAUUUACAGUCAGUAGAGAAAUACAUUCCAAAGGUUAAGGAAUGGCAGCCGGUGGCGCCAAUGAGUAAAACAAGAAGUUGUUUUGCUGCUGCUGUCUUGGAUGGAAUGAUCUAUGCCAUCGGAGGUUAUGGGCCUGCCCAUAUGAACAGCAUGGAACGUUAUGAUCCAAGUAAAGACUCAUGGGAGACGGUAGCUUCAAUGGCGGACAAAAGGAUAAACUUUGGUGUUGCUGUCAUGCUGGGCUUCAUUUUUGUAGUGGGUGGACACAAUGGGGUAUCUCACUUGUCAAGCAUCGAGAGAUACGACCCCCAUCAAAAUCAAUGGACGGUGUGUAGACCUAUGAAGGAACCUAGAACAGGAGUUGGUGCAGCGGUAGUUGAUAACUACCUUUAUGUUGUUGGCGGUCACUCAGGGUCAUCCUAUCUGAACACUGUCCAGAAAUAUGACCCUAUCUCGGAUACGUGGCUGGACUCUGCUGGCAUGAUGUACUGUCGAUGCAAUUUUGGUUUGACUGCACUUUGAUGAAAAGUGUAAACUCAUGGACCUGCUUGAAAAAAUGCCCAAUUCAUGGAGACCAUCAGCUGCAUUUUCUGGAGUUUGGAGGAAAAGGGUAAAGAUUUGAUUGACAGAGUUGGUUUUUUUCCCAAAAGUUGGCCUUGGUUUAUUGUUAGUUACACAAAACAAAACAAAUGAAAGACUUGUUGCCAAUCUGGGGUAUGGACUGCAUCCUGUUACUGGCAUGAAAUUGUUAUCUUAAUAUUAAAACACCUGGAAUAGGAUUAGAAAACCUACUGUACAGCUAAUCCUUUCACUUUUUAGAGCUUUUACCUCUUCCUACUAUGAAACAUGCAGUCUACUGUGCUAGGGAUGAAAGAUAUUCGAGUAUGUUGUAUGAUUGGACUAUUUGUUAAUAAUUGACUGGCUGUGUCUUCAUAUUGAGAAAAUGCCAGUGCUUCACAAACUUUUCUAUGAAUAGCAACUAAAGGGCUGCCUUCUGUCUGAAUCUCAAGGUUUGUAAAUAAUAAAUGCCAUAGUAUGUUGCCUGUACACUCUCCUUUGUUACCUGCUUAAUGUGUUUUGGGCUGGAGAUAAUUAUCUUUGGUGACAAUUUAAGUUAAUACAUUGGCAAGGUAAGUUUCAUGCCUUUUUAUAUUUAUGAACCUAUUGAAACAAACUGCAACUAACUGACUCUCUUUAACUUCCCCUAUCAUUUUGUUGUGGACUGACUAAUGCUAGAUGAAAUUACUUACCUAGUCUGCAAUGUGCUUGUAAUCGUAAAGCAAAGAAAGCUUUAAAUGGUUAAUUCAUCAACAAUGUCUUGGUUUUCUUAAGUAGCACUGCAGAGUUCACAACAUAGGUGUAAAUAUUUAGAAAGACGUGUCCAACUCAUCCCUAGUACUAUCAGACUUGUGUUUAUACUUUCUUGUAACUUUUUUUCCCCCCGCUUUUAAGAAUGUGUGAUUGCUUUUACAGAGUGUUCAGGUAUCAAAAUGGUGCUAACUGUAGGAUUUACCACAAGGCUGUUACCAAUCUAGUGCAGUAUGCGUAAAACAAUAUUUGUUUUGAUUGUUCUCUAGUGUGUUUGUUUCUUUUUAUCUGCUUGAUUAAUUUGUGCCUAUAAAAAUAUCAGUAAUAACACAACAUACUCUAAAUGUUUUCAGUUGAGCUAGUUUAAUAUUCCUGUUGUUCAUAAACAUGGACUGGAUGAACAGUGCAUUUCUGCCUCUUUAAACAAGUUUUGCCUUUAAAAAAUAUCACAUUGAAUAAAAAGCACUGGGCAUAGUUUUUAUACUGUGCACAUAUCCUUUGUAACUGAAUACUGAAGGUGAUUCUUGUGAUAAACCAGACUCUAAAGAAGUCUACAUCAGUGACACCAGUAAUCAAAAUUAGUUAAGAUUUGGAAGGAUAAAUUAAAAAAAGACUGUGCAGGAUUAACAGUCAUUAAAAUAAAUGACUGAAUAAAUGUUAAUUUAGGUUAUUAUAGUAUGUUUUGCUACAUUUUUCUUUGUUUUAAGCAAGGAAUCAUGUUUAUUUUGCAGUGUGGUCUAAUGUUCAUACUUAUCCUUGCCAAUUUUGUUACUUGAUACAUUUUUCUGUUUCUGGAGUUAUUUUCCACAUCCCGAUUUUAACAUAAUAAUCCAAUGUACGUUUCCCCUCACUCUGAAAAUUCACAUAUUAAUUUUGAAAGUGCAAUAAUAUUCGACAAUGUUGUCUAAAAAGCCAUUUUUAAGUACAUAAAAUAAGGUGUUCUGGGUGUACUUAAUUUAGUCUGAGCUCCUGUAAAACUAAUUGCAGCCAGGCAAACUGCAGUUUUCUUGUUCUUCCAUAAGCUAAGAUUCAUCUUCAACAAUGAAAGAAUUAUCUUUUAACCAUAAAAAAAAAUCUACAUUUUACUAAUGUUUGCACAAAUUAUGGAAUCCU